CCCGCGCCCUUGCGGCCCUCCGUCCGGAUUUCUGAAGAGCAUCGGCUGAGGCUGAGGCCCCCAGACCAGCCCCGCCAGGCAGAGCCCAGCACUGACAUCUGUGAGGCCCCGACAGGCCCCAUCUCCCGCUUCGGUGCCAGGCGCGCAGGGGUAGAUGGCACAAUGAUUAUGCAAAGAGACUCUCAUGCCUGAAGCUCCCAAGUCCCAGCUUCAAUCCCCUGCAGCACCAUCAUCCAGAGCUGAAAAGUGCUCUUAUUUAACAGAAUGUAAGGACAGAGAAUCAAGCCCCUGGUUCCCACCUUCAGGGGAUAGUGGGCAGGAAGCACUGUAGAACUGUGAAGCUUGAAAGGAGAGAAAUACAUGAGAGAAGCCCUAGGAUAAUUCCAACUCACUUCCAAGAAAGGAAGAGGAUGUGAUCAUGAGUUCAUCAGCAGACGGGAAAUUGUAAAAGAGAUCUUGCUAUAGAGAAACAGCCCACAACUGCUUCAGUUUUCAGAAGAGGCUGAGCUUCUGAGGUCUUGUUUGAGAGUUGACUCAACUGUCUCUCUGCCUGACAUGGAACCAAAGCGGAUCCGGGAGGGCUACCUUGUCAAGCGGGGGAGUAUGUUCAACACCUGGAAACCCAUGUGGGUUGUAUUACUAGAAGAUGGAAUUGAAUUCUAUAAGAAAAAAAGUGACAACAGCCCCAAAGGAAUGAUUCCCCUGAAGGGAAGCACUCUGACUAGCCCUUGUCAGGACUUCGGCAAAAGGAUGUUUGUGUUUAAGAUCACUACGACCAAGCAGCAGGACCACUUCUUCCAGGCAGCUUUCCUAGAGGAGAGAGAUGGCUGGGUUCGAGACAUCAAGAAGGCCAUAAAGUGCAUUGAAGGAGGACAGAAGUUUGCGAGGAAAUCCACCAGGAGGUCCAUUCGACUACCAGAAACUGUUGACCUAGGUGCCUUGUAUUUGUCUAUGAAAGACAAUGAAAAAGGAGUAAAGGAGUUGAACUUAGAAAAGGACAAGAAGAUAUUUAACCACUGCUUCACAGGUAACUGUGUCAUCGAUUGGUUGGUUUCCAACCAGUCUGUUCGGAAUCGCCAGGAAGGCCUAAUGAUUGCCUCUUCACUGCUUAAUGAAGGGUACCUGCACCCCGCUGGAGACCUGUCCAAGACUGCUAUGGAUGGAACGGCUGACAAUCCUUUCCUAGACAACCCCGAUGCCUUCUACUACUUUCCAGACAGUGGGUUCUUCUGUGAAGAGAAUUCCAGCGAUGAUGAUGUGAUCCUGAAAGAAGAAUUCAGAGGUGUCAUCAUCAAGCAAGGAUGUUUACUGAAGCAGGGACAUCGAAGAAAGAACUGGAAAGUAAGGAAGUUCGUCCUGCGAGAAGACCCAGCAUACUUGCACUAUUAUGACCCUGCUGGAGGGGAAGAUCCAUUAGGAGCAAUUCACUUGAGAGGCUGUGUAGUGACUUCAGUGGAGAGCAACUCAGAUGGAAAGAGGAGUGAAGAAGAGAACCUCUUCGAGAUCAUCACAUCAGAUGAAAUUCACUAUUUCUUGCAAGCAGCCACCCCCAAGGAGCGCACUGAAUGGAUCAAAGCCAUCCAGGUGGCCUCCCGGACUGGGAAGUGAAGAUAUCCUCAUAUAUCUUCAUCUGCUUCCUGGGGUAACCCCACAGAUAAAGUGGCCCAGGACCUGUCUGUUUCUAGUGACAAAUCAAUAAGAGAGAGCCCAGGGUUGGGAAGUUUCCAUCUGCAGGGGUUCUAACUAUAACUAACCACAUAUUGUGUGAUGUUCACCUGCACUGGCCACAUCACUCACUGAAGCCUUUCUGCCACUCCCCAUGCUCCCUCCAUCCCAAAGCAAAUAUAACCACCUGUGUGGCCUCAGUACACUGCUUAUCAUCUCUGGGCCUCAAGUUCUUCUAGAUAACAAGGGAGUUGAACUAGGAGAUUCUCAAAGUCCUCCCUAGCUUAAAGAAAAAAAAAAAUCAAAAGCCCUGUAUUUCUAAUACCCAUGGUUAUGGAAGUUUCUUUAGUUGUCUGACUGGUAUCUUUCCUUGACUAAAUCUUAGUCUUCAGAGCCUGAGACAAUGCUUCAAUUUUAAAUCAUUGUCAGUUUGUGCUAAGAGUACUAAAGUUACUUGGCAUAAAUGUCUCUGGUUCUCAUUAGCUAUCUUCUCUUGGCCACAAGAGUAUAUAUCAAAAUGAAGGAGAACUCUCUUCUUCCUUCCUCAUUCUAUCUAGACAUUUCCUGAGAGUCACAACUGUAGGAGUGGCUUUAAGUCAAAGAUUUCUAUCACUUACAUAUAGCCUAUGAUUUGAUAAAAAGGUCUGAGAAAACAAGCAUAACCGAGACAUCUUUCCAUGAAGCCACCAAAGCAGACAUAUUCUACUUUCAUUUGAGGCUAGUCUGAAGAAAGUUAAUGGACAUAACAAAGAUAGUAUUGAAAAACUUAGGUCUAGUCAGAGUUUGUGGUGGUGGACAUCCAUGAGGAUAUUCCUACUCUCAAAUUUUUUGUACCUAUGUCCUAUAAAUGAAAGACUACCUUUACUCUCAUUCUUUAGCAAACUAUCUUAGCAAAAUAUACACAGCUGUUUUUCUACAUUCAGUGUUAAAAGUAUUUAUUAGUCUGGAAUAAAUUUUAUAUUGUGAAAUAAA